CGCCGCGUCACAUGACACGGUCCGGAAGAAGUUCAGACUGAGUGGUACUUGUCAUACAGCUUCUUAGUUUUUCCUGAGACGUUGUUUACCAUCCAUAUUCCUUGGUGGGCGUAAGAAGGACAUUUACAGAAACAUUUGCUUCCCUCUGAUAUGGGUCGCAGUUGUAAAUGAGAACUUGUUCUCAACUGGCCUACCUGGUUAAAUAAAGUUCAUGUCAUAGCCAAAGCAUGCUGCAGUGUUAAUGGCUGAACUAUGAAGGCACAACUUCAAGUCACCGUUCUGUCAGCCAAACUGAAGGAGAACAAAAAGAACUGGUUUGGCCCCAGUCCAUACGUGGAGGUGGCUGUGGACGACCAGUCGAAGAAGACGGAGAAAUGCAACAACACCCACACCCCCAAAUGGAAGCAGUCACUCACAGUAAUUGUCACACCUUUCAGUAAGCUCAUUUUCCGGGUAUGGAGUCAUCAGACGCUGAAGGCCGACUUCCUAUUGGGCGUGGCCACAUUGGACAUCAGUGAAACCCUCAAGUCCAAUGAUAUGAAACUCUCUGAGGUGGUGCAGAUCCUACAGCUGUGUUCAGACCAGGACAACACAGACGUGGUGGGGGACCUGUCCAUCUGUCUGGACGGCGUGCAGGUGGACCCAGAGACCUUUGCCUCUGCAGAGAGAGACCAUGCUACUGCUCCCAACAGGGACGUGAGGCAGAACGAAGAUGGUGGCAACAGGUCCAGCAGAGACACGUCCCCUUCCAGUGACUCUACAGAGGACUGGGUGAUCAUCCCCAACGGCCACGCGAUCAACUGCACGGGGUCUCCCGCCCCAUCCCCAGGGGGCUCCAAGUCCACACGCCCCCCCAGACCUGCUCGUCCUCCUCCUCCCACCCCUCGCAGACCAGCCGCCUCCCCAGCAUCCUCUAGCAGCUCUACUCCCAGUGACGUGAGCGAGCCCCCGGCUUCAGACGGCUCCUCCUCAGACCCCCCUCAGGAGAAUGGAGCAGAACCCCCACCCCCACAGGCAGCCAGCACCAGCGGACCGCAAGCCAUUGGGGCACCCCCAGCCGGCGGGCACCCCCAACUCGGCCCUGUCAGCAACGGCCCACUGCCACCAGGCUGGGAGCAGAGGGUGGACCAGAAUGGCCGCGUGUAUUACGUGGAUCACAUUGAAAAGAAGACGUCAUGGAACCGACCCGAUUCUCUCCCCUCUGGGUGGGAGCGGCGAGUGGACCCAAUGGGCAGGGUGUACUUUGUGGACCACAUCAGCCGGACCACCACGUGGCAGCGCCCUACGCAGGAGUCGGUACGUAACUUUGAGGAGUGGCAGCACCAGCGCAGCCAGCUGCAGGGGGCCAUGCAGCAGUUCAACCAGAGGUUCAUAUUUGGGCUCCAGGAUCAGCAAAUAGCUGCAGCAAACAAAGAGUUUGACCCGCUUGGGCCGCUGCCACACGGCUGGGAGAAGCGAACAGACACCAACGGCAGGGUAUAUUUUGUUCACCACACAUCGCGGAUGACCCAGUGGGAGGACCCACGGACGCAAGGGCUGCUUAAUGACAAGCCUCUACCUGAAGGCUGGGAGAUGAGGUUCACUGUGGACGGCAUCCCCUACUUUGUGGACCACAACAGAAGAACCACCACCUACAUCGACCCUCGCACGGGCAAAUCCUCCCUUGAGAACGGGCCUCAGAUCACCUACGUCAGGGACUUCAAAGCCAAAGUGCAGUACUUCAGGUUCUGGUGUCAGCAACUGUCAAUGCCACAGCACAUCAAGAUCACCGUCACCCGCAAAACCCUCUUUGAGGAUUCAUUCCAGCAAAUAAUGAGCUUUCAUCCACAAGAUCUCAGACGGAGGCUGUGGAUAAUAUUCCCCGGAGAGGAAGGCUUGGACUACGGAGGCGUGGCAAGGGAGUGGUUCUUCCUGCUGUCUCAUGAGGUGCUGAACCCCAUGUACUGCCUGUUUGAGUACGCUGGGAAGGAUAACUACUGUCUCCAGAUCAACCCUGCCUCUUACAUCAACCCCGACCACCUCAAGUACUUCAAGUUCAUCGGACGCUUCAUCGCCAUGUCCUUGUUCCACGGGAAGUUCAUCGAUACGGGAUUCUCCCUGCCCUUCUACAAGCGCAUCCUGAACAAGCCCCUGGCCCUAAAGGACCUAGAAUCCAUUGACACGGAAUUCUACAACUCCCUCAUCUGGAUCAAGGAUAACAACCUGGAGGAGUGUGGUCUGGAGAUGUUCUUCUCUGUGGACAAGGAGAUCCUGGGGGAGGUUACUACUCACGAGCUGAAGCCGGACGGAGGCAACGUACUGGUCACUGAGGAGAACAAAGAGGAAUACAUCAGGCUGGUGGCAGAGUGGAGGUUGUCCAGAGGUGUGGAGGAGCAGACCCAGGCCUUCUUCGAGGGCUUCAACGAGGUCCUCCCCCAGCAGUACCUGCAAUACUUUGACGCUAAGGAACUGGAGGUGAUGCUGUGUGGCAUGCAGGAGAUAGACCUGGUGGACUGGCAGAGGCACACCAUCUACAGACACUAUGCUCGCAGCAGCAAGCAGAUCCUCUGGUUCUGGCAGUUUGUGAAGGAGAUGGACAACGAGAAACGCAUGAGGCUGCUACAGUUUGUCACUGGCACCUGUCGGCUCCCCAUGGGUGGCUUCGCUGACCUCAUGGGGAGUAAUGGGCCACAGAAGUUCUGCAUCGAGAAGGUGGGCAAAGAAAACUGGCUUCCAAGAAGUCAUACUUGCUUUAAUCGACUGGACCUGCCCCCUUACAAGAGCUACGAGCAACUGAAGGAGAAGCUGAUGUUUGCCAUCGAGGAAACUGAGGGCUUCGGACAGGAGUAGUAACAUUCUCCACGCACUUUGAUCUGUCUAGGUUUCAGGCAGCUGCACUUUUUCCCCCAGGUCCUGGCUCUCUUGAGCUGGGCAGACACUAACAGACUUACCCCUUUCUGCCAGCCCGGAGCCACGUUACAGACCCCCAAAGCCAUUACACCUGAGGUGGAAUCACUGUCUCCAUGGUGACAACCCUUCAUACUGAAUGAUUCAACUUUCACCCUCUCACCUGUGUAACCCUGUUGAAGCUUGCCUUAUUCUGCCUAAUCAGACCACGUGUCCGGGAAGAGAGAGAGGAAGGGGAGGGGAUGUUCCCUCCCCAUGUUUACAUUUUUACAUUUUUUACAUUUUAGUCAUUUAGCAGACGCUCUUAUCCAGAGCGACUUACAGUAGUGAAUGCAUACAUUUCAUACAUUUUUUUCUCUCCGUACUGGUCCCCCGUGGGAAUCGAACCCACAACCCUGGCGUUGCAAACACCAUGCUCUACCAACUGAGCCACACGGGACCAUGUCACAUCUGCCUGUCACCUCUUCACCACAGUAGUUAAUAAUCACGGAAGAUAUUCACUACAGUGUCAGCUGUUUCAUUUCUUCUCCUUCCUCUCCCUGAGCACAGACUGUUGAGUGUAUGAAUGAAUGCUAGGAUUGUGUGCUGCCGGCUCUUCCAAAACGUCAAUUUGUGACAUUUAGAGUGUUUUACUUGAUUUAACAUGUUGCUUUCCAGAUGAAAUAUUGAAUCUUAAGGCAUUUACUUUGCUGGUACACCACGUUUGUGGUGGUAAGGUUUUUGUGAAUGUUAUGAUGAAAAGCUUUAUUUUUGGCGUGCAAUAGUUUUAGUCAGAUGUUUAUGCCCUUUUAUAUAGAUAAACCAGACAUUCAUUAAUUACCUCAAUCCAAAGUUUUUAUUUAUAAAGUCAGUUGUAAUCAAGUCUACGUAUUGAUUUCAACUCUGAAUAUUGAGAAUGCUUUUUAUUUAAUUUUUUUAUAGCCUGAAAUUGUUGAAGCAAAACAGGGUCGUAUUCAUUUGUCACCUAAUGGAAGAACAUUGAUAUUUUUUUUUUUACUUUGAAUGUUUUUGUGCCUUCUGACCAUGGCCCAGGUUUGUGUGAUUUGACCCUUUCUUUCCCAAACAGUCGGCAUUAGGACCGUACUUGUCUACAAUAAUAGCAUUGUUUUAAUUUUUAAGGCAAACCGAAUGAGUUACUAAUGACGUGGGAGUGUCAGCAGUGUGCCAAAAGUUAAUGUAAGGACAACCGAUAAGGGAAAGAGUACAUUUAGGAAUUAGUUACAGUAAUUAAGAAAUAAGACAACUGCUUGUGAAAAUCACUCCCACUGAAAGGUAAACCUUUUUGUCGUAUAGAGAAUUAUCAUCAACUCCAAGAUCAAAUGAUUAAGGACUAGUUUAAAAUCAUAUCUGCGCUAGCUGACACCCGCAUAGCUGUUGUUUUGGAGGUGGCUUGAGGUGGAACUGUGUUGGAGCUGUCAAUUCCACAAGCGGCUGACGGUGUUUUACCUGAAGCAGACAUUGCCAUUGGAUGCACUGAGUCACGUUAACAGAAAUCCCAUGCAGCCGUGUUACAAUUUCGAACACUGGCAUCUGUGAUGUAAUCUACACCUCGAUUAGGAUGAUAUAAAGCCUUAUUAUUUUGUUAA